GCAAUUUUGUUUUCACUGCGCAACUAUAAGAGUCACUUUGGUUGGAAUAGCUGUCAGCGAAGAGGUACACAGAGAGAGGUAAUCACUUCUGUUUGGUGCAGAAGCCAAAUCCGACACAUCGUUUCAGAAGGYGGAUGCGCAGGGCUCUGCGAGACGAUGCCCACCGCCUCCCUCAUGAACAAGCAUUCAUCUUUUGCCACAUUGAACAUAAAACGCAACGUCUCGAAUCAGGGAGCACGAAGAAGGCAAAAGAAAGACUGGGAUGAUGCCCACCGCAAUCCAUUCGAUAAGGACAAUAAACAUGACACGARCAUCGCGACWGAAAAUCGACAAUUCCAGUUCCGUCGAAGCGGCGGCAGUUAUGKGAAGAAAGACAUYAUGAAACGGCUGAUUGGAACAGUCGUUUUGAUUUCCUGGAUGUCCUUUCUUUUCUUCGAAUACCAUGUCCUCAGUGGCAACACUGACAUCAAUGGAACCAAUGGCAGUAUUCCUGGCGGAGCCGUUACGAAUGAUGGUGUUAAUACUACCUUCGGAGUCAGUAGUGGUUACGACUCUAUCUUUUGCCGAGAAAAUGCCAAUUUAAGAGAGAAACUUGACCAUAACGAUGUGAGCGAACAAUAUUCAAUCAACAAUAGCAAGCCCGUAUUUUUAUGGGGCAUUCCAUCCACUAGUUCGAGUUAUGAAAUCGGACGACGAAAACUCUUGCGGGAAACCUACCUCGAUUUUGAUAAGCAACUGCGAUCAUAUGUUGAGAAGGGAGUGAAAGUAGAUUCUGCUCUUGCGAAGGAAGCUCCCGACGAUUCGAACCGAAUCUGUUCUUUGCACGAUUUUAUMUGCAACGAACGAGUCCAGGCAGAAUGUCAGAUGGUCUACAUCUUUUUUGUCGCCGGMCACAAAAACGACACUCAAAGCGUCCCACCGAUUUUGCUCAACGAAUCCAUCACYGACUUCCGCGACAUGCUGCUUCCCUACGACGSCGAUGAUAAAGCCAGUGCACUUGGCUCCCAGAAUCUCAACCUGCRCGAACCGGGAACGGUCUAUCUUAACAUUAGGGAAAACCAAUUCGAUGGGAAAAUGACUACCUGGUUUAAAUUUGCGAGCCUCGUGGCCAAGGAAUAUAACUCCCGUGCUUCAAUUGCCAGACCAAUUGAAUACGUCUUCAAGGUAGAUUCAGACCUUUUGUUACUGACUCCCCGGUUUUUCGAAUGGUUCGAUUCUAUUCACAAGGAGCAGCAAGAACGACAAAAACAGCGAACCAGCAACUUUGAGUCUCCCUCUGCCUUGAAGACGAUUCACACCGUAUAUGGUGGUAUCGAGUUUCCAGACAGCAAUUGURUUGUGAACUAUACCUUUGACCAUCCCUGUCCACURCCCCUCAGCGGUCCCUCCUACAUGAGCGGCGAACUGAAUUUUUGCUCAGUUGAUCUGGCAACCUAUAUUGCAAGCGACGAUUGCCCGCGCGACAAAUGGACUAUCCCCCACGAGGACGUAUCCCUGUCUAAUUAUAUCUAUUCGUACCAAAAUAACACGGCCUACCACCGCAAGAUCGGUAUCACCAGUAGGGGUGGUACGGAAGAUAUCCAGCAGCUYAUCGAUGUGGUCAGCGUCAACACGUCCCGAAUCCUSUUGUUGCCAAACAUGAAGGCCGAUUGGUAUCCCGUGAAUGUCAAGAAAAACCCUGAGGUCUURACGAGCGGAGAAUUGCUCUGGGGACACUCGAUCAAACGUAGCAACCAYUCGCAGUACCUCUACUGGAAAAAAGAUCCCAAGUUCAAGAURUUUUGGAAGUUCUUUUUCAAAAAGUACACGUCCCCYGACAGGGGUCGCAACACAACACAAASYGYGACAAAUUCCACGGGCAAGGCCGAGCGCCUUAGCAGUUUGAAUAAAAUGAAGAACGGAAAAGGAAARCAUCAAUUUGAAUUGUUUAAGAAAAGGGCGCUUGAGAGAYUGCAUCUUCGGAAUCCACAGACCAUGAAAAAGAAUGCUAGCGAGCCAAAGACAUGAAUGAAUCAUCAUCGUCACCACUCUGCAAAACUAGCAGCCAGAAUGCAUUACAUACUGACUACRUGUACCAGCCAUGUAAUUUUCUAUCAUAGCAGAACCAUAAUAGUGGAAUACGAGGGCGAAGAAAGGAAAGUUAUUUGGACAGAAACAGACUACCGUGGAUGUGAAUAGUCUGAAUUGAACCAAUGGACACCCAAACAGCAAUUCUUUCAGUGGCCUGUCAAACUACAGCGUUCGAUGUUGCGAAUCGAUAUUCAUCUCGCUCUGACUGUAAUUGAGAYKGUAUCUUAUUGAUUCUCUUGGUCGUAACAGACCAACAUCAAUACCAAAGCAUAUGAAACUUUAUUAAAUGUGUUGAUUGCUUUAGUUUGCCURUCUCCGCUGUUUUUCAAGAAAUGCAAACAUCACAACAAUUUAUUUCACAAACGCAUUUGGAAUCAUAUGUGCCACUGUUGUACAUGGGAGCACGCUCUACUACAGUGCUCGUGAAUGCGUAGACAGAGAUUCCUCCACAAUUAGUCAUAGCCAGUAAAUAGUAAAAAGGUAAAUAUAAUUGUCGCAUGAUU